AUGCUCAAGAAGCACUGGGCUGGGGUUCGAGCGGCCAGCACUGAUCAGGGUGGUGGGGGUCCCGCCGACGAGCAUGCCACUGAUGACGCACUGCCAAGGGCUCCGCCUUCGGUCGCCGAUAAGCCACCACGACAGGGUAGCGGUGAAGAAGGGCUGCGCGACAAGGAGAAGGCGGCCGCAAAAACGGCCCCAGCUGGCCAGGGCCCGAAGACAGGGGUCGCGGUGGCGUCAGCGGUUCCUCACCAGCCCCCAGCUGGUGCACGCCCUCCGACCGGACCGUCUGCCGGGCGACCUGCCGACGUCCCGCGCUCUGCCGACGUCCCGGCUGCCGACAAGGCUGGCCGCGCGGGGAAAGGGGCGGCAGUUGCGGACGCGCUCAAGGAGCAGCUCAGGCGCCUAGCCGGCCACAAGGCUGUUCAAAACCCCCUUGCUGCUGACGACGCCCCAUCUGCCAGUGUCCCAAAGUCGCCGGUCGUCGCCGCCCGUGCUCCUGCAGACCCAAAGUCCGCGUUGCUGCGCGCCCAGUUGGGCGCACUAGCGUCGACUGCGCCAACUCAGCAGGCUUCUGCCUCCGGCGCUAAGACGUCGUCGGCAAAAGUCGCACCACCCACCCCUGUGGCAGCUGAGGUUGAGAAGGCGGCGGAGAAGGGCGUUCGUGCCGCCCUUGCCACCGGCGGCGGCCCCGUCGAGCAGGCGCCCCGUGAUGCUGAUAUCGCUGCCAUACAGGCCCACCUGGAUGCUGCCAAUCCCCGACCGCUGGCCAUCUCCGACACGGCACAUGUGGAGCCUUCGGCGGGUCUCGUCGGCAGUCCAGCAGAGCCGACUGCGACCGGUGAUGCUGUCGGCGAUGAGAAGGCGAAACGGAAGGGGAAGGCAGGCUCACAGCGGAAGACGCGGGAGAAGUCGGAGGCGAAGGCGGCGGAUAGAGGGAAGGGGAAGGCGGCUGAGACGGCGGCUGACAAGGAUGGAGGCGGCAAUACGGGGGUGAAAGGGAAAGCGGGGGAGAAUCAGAAGUCGCUCGGCGAGGGUACGUCGACGGGGAGGAAGGGGAAGGACAAGUCGGUAGGAGAAGGUGCGUCGACGGGGAGAAAGGGGAAGGAGAAGGCGGUCGGCGAUGGUUCGUCGAAAGGGAGAAAGGGAAAGCGGAAGGCGGCGGAGGAGGAUGUCGAGGAGGUGGAGGACGUCGAGCAGGAGGAAGAAGAAGAGGCGGAGGAGGAGGUGGAGGAGGCGGAUGAGGACGAUGAGGAGGAGGAGGUCGAGGUGGAGGAUGAGGAGGAGGAGGGGGGGAAGAGCAAGGAGAGGCGGGGUCAUGGCAUCCGACACGAUACCUCGGGCGACAAGCUAGGAUGGGUCGGCGAGAUUAAGGUGCACGGCAUCAAUCGAUACAUCGGCAAGUCGCGUGAGAAGAUGGAGCUCGCGUACGUGCACUCCAUCGCGUUCGUCGUCUACGACGGUUUCGUGAGCAAGGUGCUCAUGAACGAGCUCACCGUCCUGGACAGCGCAUUCGUAAUCUCAUCUCUCUCAGUACCGCGCUCUUGA